CCGACCCGCCUGAUUAAGGUUCAGACGCACAUCCGACCAGCCGUCAGUUGGCUCAAAAGCCCCAACAGUGGAGCAUCGCGUUUUAACAAAAAACGGAACACGGAAAACGGAACAGGGAACGGCCGAGUCGCUGCCGAUCAAAAGACGCCACAACAUUAUUUGAUAUCGAGUCCGAGUCGGGUGGAGCGGCCGAAAAAGGCUGAUUGUCCGAGCGAGUGUCCGACUUGUGCUAACCAAACUCUCUGCUGAUCCCAACACCCACAAGAAGCACCAAAAUGGCCGUCUUACUGCAGGAUAUCCAGGAGUGGUAUCGGGACCUCAUGGACAACAAGAGCGAUCCCCGCGUCAGUGACUUCUUUCUACUGUCCUCGCCACUGCCCACGCUGGGCAUGUGCAUAUUCUACGCCUACUUCAGCAAAUCUCUGGGACCAAGGCUAAUGGCCAACCGAAAACCAAUGGAGCUGCGUACGGUGCUAGUCUUCUACAACGCGAUACAGACCAUCUUCAGUGCGUGGAUUUUCUAUGAGUACUUAAUGAGUGGCUGGUGGGGUAACUACAGCUUUAAAUGCCAGCCCGUCGAUUACAGCAACAGCCCCUUGGCGAUGCGAAUGGUCAACAUCUGUUGGUGGUACUACAUAUCCAAGUUCACCGAGUUCUUCGACACACUCUUCUUCAUUCUCCGCAAGAAGAACGAGCACGUCUCCACCCUGCAUGUCAUCCACCACGGGUGCAUGCCGUUCUCGGUCUGGAUGGGUCUUAAGUUUGCACCAGGCGGUCACAGCACGUUCUUUGCCCUCCUCAACUCCUUUGUACACAUUGUGAUGUACUUCUACUACAUGAUCGCCGCCAUGGGCCCCAAGUACCAGAAGUACAUCUGGUGGAAGAAGUACCUGACCACCUUCCAAAUGGUCCAGUUCGUGGCUAUCUUCACGCAUCAGUUCCAGCUGCUGUUCCGCGAGUGCGACUACCCAAAGGGAUUCAUGGUUUGGAUCGGUCUGCACGGCAUUAUGUUCCUGUUCCUGUUCUCCGACUUCUACAAAGCCAAAUAUCUGAACGCCACCCGCCGUCGUCGCCAGGCCGUCAAGGCCAACGGACAUGCCAACGGUGUGCAAUCCAACGGACACUCCAAGCACCUGGGAGAGGGUGAUGCUCCUCUGACCAACGGCAGCAAUAAAGGAGCUUGUAUGCCCGUAUUGGAGGAUGAGUACGUUAAGAGCAAUGGGCACACCAUGGAUGGCUUCUUCAAGGAGGGCGUGCUGUCCAGCAACGAUGCCAUCUUAAACCCGGACAGCAGUAGCUCUAGUCUGCACCAGCGCAAAGUCAAAUAACUACUAAUUAGGUGUACUACGAUGAUAUUCAUUAUGAUUAAUUUAAGUGUUUAGCGUUUAAAUCAACCAGAUUGAAGGACAAGCUUGCAAAUACCUUGCAGAUGAAGAUGUAUCAGAUACGAUGUGACAAUUGCAGCCACUAUAGCCGCAAUAGGGCGAAAAUCAGGAGAAACACUCAGUUGAAGGAUUGUUCUUUUCAUAAUUUAUAAUACAAGAGACGAAGAUGUUUAGUCAAAGUCGAUGUUAAGAAACGUACCGAACCGAAGCAACUUGUGCCCACCCACCCGAACCGUCAACUAAAGCUAAGUAGGAGAAAACAAAGUAGCAGCAGCAGCAGCACAAACUGUUAUGACCUAACCGAAACCUUUUAUAAACGUUUUCUACGGCACCAGUUUACAAGCCUUACAAGCCCAUUUUAUGGAUCACUCAGCAAGUUACCAACUCACCACCUCACAGUAGCAGAAACAAGCAUUAUUUUUGGAAAGAUAUUUGUAGGCCCCCAUUGAUAGACGAUUUAAAUUUUUUAUAAUAGUGUAACAUUGUUAGUUGUAGACUUUUUUAUGGCAAUUUUGAUAACUAGUUAAAAAAAAAAAACGAUAAACUGCUAAAAAAAAAAAAGCUGCUAAGUAGGCUCUUUUUGUAUAGGCAUUUUGUAACUUAAAGAGCAGGUUGAGAACUAUUUUUGGAAGGAUGGCCGACUUUGUUGCAAUACUUUGUAAAGGUCUAAUAGUUAAACUUAUUUAUACAUUGUAGCUAGCUAGCCAAUUGCAAACGUAAUGAACAGUCUGCCAGACAAACAAACAAACACCUUCUCCCCUCACAGAAGGUUAGGUUAGGAUAUCAAAGGAUGACAUCGCAUGAAGACGAAGCUUCAGUUUGUGGAAGAGACUCUUUAGAGCAGACAAUCAGUUAAUGCCUAUGCGCGUUGGUCGCCAACGAAAAAAGGAAACUAAUCAUUCAAAUAUUAUUACAUAUAUCUCUGAACCUCAUUUUGGUGUGGCUUACAACAUGUGUAUAUUUUUUAAUCAAAACUACUUGUAUGAUAUGUGUACCUAUACUACCCCAUUAUCCCACUUUUGGUUUGAAGUUGUUAAACGGUUUCAUUUCAGAGGAGAGAAGCAAAAGCUAUUGCUAGGAUUGUUCGUACCUUUAAUUCUGUCUGUUAACCUGUGCGUAUUGGUUUCAUUGUUAAGUUAUGUGGUUUAAGCUGAAAAGUUCAAAAACUAUGGGAAACCUGAAUAAAGCUUAUUAAUUAAUUUAUACUGAA